AGCAUCGAGGCUGGUGUCUGUACCUUCUGCAAGCUGCCAGCAAAGCUGUGCCAGCAUGAGCUGUUACGUGCGCUUGCCCUGCCCAGCCUUCCCGCAAGCCUGGGACACGGUGUCCAGCCCUGCGCCAAGCCGUCCCCUGCCGCGGCCCCCGCCCCGUGUCCGGAAGCCCUAGGAAAAGUUCCGCCGUGAAAGCAAAGUCCAGGCUGCCGGGAGCAGGGCAGCCGCGGCCGGGCACUGCGAGGCGAUGGCAGCCGGGCUCCGGGCAUGGCUAGGCACGGACUACCCUUGCCGCUGCUUGCGGGGCUGGCAUCUGACCCCGGGGCUUCCGAGAUCACGGCUGGCCCAUGCCGCGGCUGCACCCCGGCUCCAGCAGGAGUACGAUGCGGUGGUGAUCGGGGCAGGACACAACGGGCUGGUGGCAGCUGCCUACCUGCAGCGGGCAGGAGUGCGCACGGUCGUGAUGGAGAAACGCCAUGUGCUGGGUGGUGCAGCCGUCACAGAGGAAAUUGUGCCAGGCUUCAAGUUCUCCCGGGCAUCAUACUUGCUUAGCCUGUUGCGGCCACAGAUCUACACUGAGCUGGAGUUACAGCGGCAUGGUCUGAGGGUGCUCCCACGGGACCCCUACUCCUUCACCCCACUACUGGAGCACAAGAGCUCUCCCCGCUCCCUCCUGCUGGGACAUGACAUGGCCCAGACCCAGCAGCAGAUUGCCCAGUUCUCCCAGAAGGAUGCUCAGGCUUACCCUGAAUAUGAGGCAUUCAUGGGACGCUUGGUGGCAGCCCUCAACCCACUGCUGGACGCCCCUCCAGUGGACACAGCUGCCCUGGGGCAGGGCUCCCUGCUGCAACGGCUCAGGGCCCUGCGAGCCCUGCAGCCCCUGCUGCAGGCAGGGCAGAUGCUGGGGUGGCAACUGCCCCGCUAUUAUGAGGUGCUCACAGCCCCCAUCUCCAAGAUCCUGGAUCAGUGGUUUGAGUCGGAACCCUUGAAGGCAACUCUGGCUACAGAUGCAGUGAUUGGAGCCAUGGCCAGUCCCUACACCCCUGGCAGUGGGUAUGUGCUGUUGCACCAUGUGAUGGGCGAGCUGCAGGGACAGCGGGGUGCCUGGGGCUAUGUAGCCGGUGGGAUGGGGGCCCUGUCCCAAGCCAUCGCUUGUGCAGCGACUGCCCUGGGAGCCCACAUCUUUGCUGAGAAGGCAGUGUGCCACGUGCUGCUGGGCAGGGACGGGCAAGCACAGGGCAUUGCUCUGCAGGACGGGACAGAGGUGAGGAGUAAACUGGUGCUGUCCAAUGCCUCCCCACAAGUCACCUUCCUGGAGCUCAUUCCCCAGGAGCAGCUGCCCAAAGAUUUUGUGCAGCGAAUACGGCAGGCUGACACGUGCUCCCCUGUCACCAAGAUCAAUGUGGCAGUUGAUCGGUUGCCCAACUUCCUGGCUGCCCCCAAUGCCCGUGAUGGCCAGCCCCUGCCCCACCACCAGUGCUCCAUCCAUCUCAACUGCGAGGGCACCCAUCUCCUGCACCAGGCCUUCACUGAGGCCACCCAUGGGUACCCUUCUAGCAGGCCCAUGAUCGAGCUCUGCAUCCCCUCGGUACUGGACCCAGGGCUGGCCCCACAUGGCUGCCACGUUGUGUCCCUCUUCACCCAGUACACCCCCUCUGUACUGGCGGGCGGGCAGCCCUGGGAUGAGGAAGCCAGAAAUGCAUAUGCAGACACAGUGUUUGACUGCAUUGAAGAUUAUGCCCCAGGGUUCAAGGCGUCUGUCAUAGGCAGGGACAUCCUGACACCACCAGAUCUAGAAAGGAUCUUUGGGCUGCCUGGUGGGAACAUCUUCCAUGGAGCAAUGUCUCUGGACCAGCUGUACUUUACCCGGCCAGCACCUUCCUACUCAGGCUACCGGUCCCCAAUUCCUGGCUUGUACCUAUGUGGAAGUGGAGCCCACCCUGGAGGAGGAGUGAUGGGAGCAGCGGGACGCAAUGCUGCCCAAGUGGCCCUCGAGGACUUCAGGCGCCUGUGAAAGCAGUGGUGACACUUGACUUCACCUGACCAAGGGUUGUGGCUGCAGCAAGCCAUGUUCACCCUCUGCAGAGCCCUGCUCAUCUCCAACUUGCUUUCCUGGCACCACAGGGCAGCAGCAUCCCCUUAGAGCUGGGGACUGUAGGGUGGCAGGGUCUCUUGUGCUCCCAGCUGCUACCAUGGCCCCCAGCUCUCCAUUGUCCAGCCUUGCUUGGUUGGCUCUUGUGCACUGACUGGCCAUGGCAAGCCUCCCUCAGCCCCUGCCUGUGCCAGUGGAAAUAAACCCUGCUGAGCAUUACCCUGGGGGAAAUCAGGCUCUGUUAAGCCAGCACACCCAGGCCCCAGUUUGAGCACUGUCACUGUAGUUUUUCAGGUCUUUGUGAAGCUCCCAACAUGCUGUCGUUGGGGGCUGCACUGUGCCAUCUGCUCUGUGGCUGGUUAUGCACAGGUGAUGAAUGGAGACAACCAUCCUCCCCCUGCUUCUCUCUUCUGAUUACUGAUGUAGACCCAGGUGCAUGCAGGGCUAUUUGGCUGGAGCCACACAGCCCCAGGCUGGCCAGAACCACCCCAAGGUGUCCAAAACAAGCAGGCAGCCAGGGAGCUGCUUGAGACAUGCUUUGCUACCUGAAACCCCCGAUUCUCAUCUGUCUUCCUGUUCCUCGGUGGCUGAGUUACAGCAGCCGUGCACUCAACAUCUCAGAGACCACAGGAGCCAGAACUGUCUGUGUCCCCGCCCCCAGCUUCCCCAUUCCUGACGGGAGCUACACGUGUUCUGGCCCCGUCCCUCCAUCCCCAGGGCAGAUGCUUCGUGCAGGCCAGCAGCUCUUGUUGGCCACCCUUCAGCUGACUGCAGGCUCGGGGUGUGCUGCGCUCCCGGAGCCGCUCACUGCAGAUUACAGAGCUCACAUCCUCUCCCUGCCCUCUUCCUCCCCCAGACAAUGCUCCCGAUUCAGCUGCCCGCGUCCCCUCCUGCCGGGCCCUAAAUACGGUGCUGCUAGGCUGAGCUGUUGCACCUGAGCUGGCUGAAUCAAUAUUGACCGGCCAGGAAUAGUCCCGCAGCCCGCUGAGAAUAGCCCCGCACGCCACCCCGCUGCCCACAGCUUCCCGCGCACGGGGCUGCCCUGCUCCCGGGGCCGUAUUUUUAGCUACUGCAAUUGCCGGCUGCCCGAGGCUGCAGGUGCUGGCACCCAGCAAGCCUCG